ACAAUGUCGACGCUUCUUUGUGAAUGGCAUUCGCAACACGUGCGAUUGGUUGUACAAAUUUGUGAAAUUUUGAGCUUUAAUAGGUUUGUGUAAAUCUAGCACCGAUUUAAAAGCCUUUGCCUUAUAAAUACAACGAGGAAUUUAAUACUUAUUAGUAGUUACUGCGCAUCUCGCGAUGAACAACGACAGCCACAAAUAUAGCGACGCCGAGGAGGACGAAGAAGACCUGCGAAGUUCCGAGUGGACAAACGACUUCAAGAACCUCACAUUGAAGCACGAGAUCUUUAAGGAUAUUAAACUGACACCCAAAGAGGACUGUGAUGACCUGGCACAAGUUAUAGCAACCGCCAACGAAGAGGAUGAACCGGAGGACGAAGAGCCAGAGGAAUACGAUGAAGACGAUUACGACGAUAUCGGAGAUGACUAUGAUACGUAUGAGGAGGCCUAUACGGGCUUUAACAAGCUUCACGUUCAGCCGCAGCUAACAAAUGCCAGUGGAGGUGGCUCCGGCGGUGGCGCUGGAGGUGCAUCUGGUGGCUCACAACGCGUCAGCAGCUACCAACCAAACGAAAAGCUGUUGCGCCGCUACUCCGCCCGCAUUAAUGUAGAAAAGUACGAUCCCACCACAAAUAUGAGCGCGCAGGCGGCCAACCGGCUGGUGAACUUCGAUCGGCGCGAUAGGACACAGGUGCGUGACAAACACGACCGAGCCACUGCGGAACAGGUAAUGGAUCCACGUACCCGGAUGAUACUCUUCAAGCUGCUGAAUCGCGGAAUGAUACAGGAAAUCAACGGCUGCAUUUCUACGGGCAAAGAGGCUAAUGUCUAUCACGCCGUUUCCAAAAAUGGUGAAGAGGAGUUUGCCAUCAAGAUCUACAAGACGUCCAUUCUAGUAUUUAAGGACCGCGACAAAUAUGUGUCAGGCGAAUUCCGGUUUCGACACGGCUACUGCAAGCACAAUCCGCGCAAAAUGGUGCGUACCUGGGCGGAGAAGGAAAUGCGAAACUACUUGCGAAUGCGCAACGCUGGCGUUCCUGUACCGGAGCCAAUCCUGCUACGCUCACAUGUACUGGUCAUGCGGUUUUGCGGUCGCGACGGAUGGCCUGCGCCAAAGCUUAAGGAUGUUGAGCUCAGCACUUCAAAGGCGCGAGAGUUGUACAGGGAUUGCGUAGUCAUCAUGUGGCGCAUUUACAAUCAAUGCCGUCUUGUGCACGCUGAUCUUUCAGAGUUUAACAUCCUGCUGCAGGAUGGUCAGCUGGUCAUUAUCGAUGUAAGCCAGUCAGUGGAGCACGAUCAUCCGCAUUCCUUUGACUUCCUGCGCAAGGAUUGCACCAACAUAUCCGAGUUCUUCCGAAAACGUGCAGUGGCAACGAUGACGGUGAAGGAACUUUUUGAUUUCAUCACCGAUCAGACUAUAACCACAGAGAACAUGGAGGAGUGCCUGGAACGCAUAUCUGAGCGAAUCAAGGACCGCGAUUUCGAUGCCAUCUCGGCUCAGGAGAAGAUCGAUGAGGCUGUUUGGCAGAACACCUACAUUCCCAAAAGGUUGGACGAGGUGCGCCAUUUUGAGAGAGAUGUAGCCAAGGCCAAGCAAGGGGUGCAGCAAAAUCUCAUCUACGGAAAGAUCACUGGUCUGACUUCGGAUCUGGACGUGCAGCAAAAGCCAGACGUGCUGCAAUCCUCGACCGCCAAAGAGGAUGACGGUAGUGAGGCCCAAACGAGCGGCAGUGAGGACGAAGACAACUCGCAGGAUAACGACAACGAUGAAGAUGCCAAGAAGUUUAAGAAUUCGGCAAGACCACGAGAAGAGUCUCCGGAGAGUAAAAAGGCUCGCAAAAAGGCCGUCAAAGAUGCGAAAGCCGAGCAGCGCAAGGUUAAAGUGAAAAAGCACGUGAAGAAACGCAAAGAGAAAAUGGGCAGCAUGAAAAAAUAGGAUUGUUUCUGAAUAGAGUUAAUAUAGCUGUGAGUUUAAGUUCUAAAUAUUUUAUGCAAGUUUUGUAACUUGGCUCCAUCGUAUAUAAUGAAAUUAUAUAAAAACGAUGUAGCUAAUCAUUUUCUUAUGGUAUUACUAUACCAAAUGGCUGCGGGGAACGCCGCAGCUAUAAAUGAAAUAUUAAACAC